UUUGGCAAUCGUGUGGAGGUAAACACGCAUAAAUCCGGUGCUGUGGUGUAAACAAAAACAGAGAGUCUGUAAGUGAGAUCGCGGCCGGAGACGACCGAGUGCCUGUUCCAAUGGCGCAGUUCCUUCUUCUGGUUCUUUUGGGCAUCCUCUCGAGGCACAGUAGUCUGGGCUUCCACGAGGAAACUCGCUAUCCUUGCGCCUUCAUUGACACUGCUAACAUCACCGGCACUCCGGGAAGUGUCGGCGGCAAUGUGACCUACUUCUACAACUGGACACCGAUCCCCCAACACUUGGUUGCCGUCUACGACUUUGUCAUCGAGAAUGGAAUCCGCAUCCCGGCUAGAAAGCAUCUCCGCGCCUGCGUCUGCCGUAUAAAGCCCUGUGUCAGGAUCUGCUGCCCGAGCGGACAGCUCUACGACGCGGACACCAGACUGUGUUCGGUUCCCAGAAAGGGACUUCCCACUCUGCCGACCCACAGUCACAUGGAGGUCCAGCUCCUCAACGGCAGUCUCCAGCAGCUGGAGCUGGGCCCGGCUUUCAGUAUUCACAUCGACACUCCCUGCAAGCACAUGAAGCCGGUCACCAAGGCUUCCGAGUACGUGCACUGGACCCUUCAUGAGAACGGAACGGUCAGCCAUCGGGGUCACGUCUUCUCCAAGCACUACUGUUUCACGCCCCUGCUCCUGGGCAACUCCACCUGGGACUGGCAGCCGCUGGCCUGUGCUCCCGAGAAGUUCCACUUUGUGCUGGGAGUACGGGAGUGGACCUAUGCCAUAUGUCUUCUGAUCUCCAUAAUAUCCAUGUUUAUUGUACUAAUGGUGUAUCUGCUGUGCUCGGAGAUGCGCAACAGCUUCUACGGUGUAGCCAUCAAGGCCUACUCGAUCUGCAUGAUCUUGGGAUAUGCUCUCUUGGCUUAUCUGACGCUCCACAACCCCUCGAACCUCUCCAAUGCCGCCUGUCGUAUCCUACCUAGCUUGACCCUGAUGUACUUGGUCUUAUCCUUCUACAUUUUGAGCUUCAUCUCCUUCAAGCUCUACCUGAGCUUCCAUGGCGUGGUCUUCACGAAGCUCAUGUUCUGGCUGAUCUUCACCCCCAUCGUGAUAAUUGCCAUCGGUUGGUCCUUCUAUGUGGGAUUCAGCUACUACGGAGCUCGGCUGGUCUUUGGGGGAGAUACCUGCUGGUUUGAUCCUCGUAACUGGUCCAUCAUGCUCUACUUGUACGCCCCUGUGUUUGUGGCUUGUGCCAUCAGCGGAUUCUUCUACAUCCUCAGCUUGAUUUACAUCAGCGAACAGCCGGAGAUUGAGACAGAGAAGAGGUUCGAGUCCAUUGAAAGGAACCGCUUCCGAUCCUUCUGGAAGUACUUUGUCUACACGGCGGUGGUCUGGUUCGUGUGGGUUUGCUCCUUCGCCUUCAACUACUACAGGGAGGAGAGGUCGCAUCUCAACUAUGCCGUCUGCUUCUGUUCGGCUUUCCAUGGAUUCGCCGCCCUUUAUGCCCUGAUUGGAAAAAACCAGCAAAUUCAAAACUUUUUGCGGCGCAUUGACAACGAGGAAGACACCUGCGAAAACUCUGUACCCCUGUCGAGUUUCGGUUGA